AUGGAGCCAUCAAGGGCAGCACCUGCUGCCUCCUCCGGGGUGUCUGAGGUCGAAAUGGAUGCCACAAGAGGGGGCCGCCACCAGCAGGAGGAACGCCAGCAGUACAUUAGCAAGGUCCCAUCCUCAUCCUUCCUUCGCAUGCUCCCCGAGAGAGUAGACAAGCUCAGUGCAGCAGACGCUUUGGUUGCAGUUCCUGUGCCCGAGCAACAGCGACUGGUGGAAAGGUUCAUUGAGUAUGCCGAACAAGUGCGGGGGCCACAGCUGCACCUCCUGCGGGAGCACGACGGUUCCGAUCUGGCCAAAGCCUUUCUACAACAGGUUAAGGAGCUGCAGGAACCGUUUGUUGCCGCAGACACAGAGGCAGAUCUCCCUGCAAACGCUGCAGGGAGCGACAGCUCCAGCGCAUCUGGGGCCGUGCUCUCGAACGCCAAAGAGGCGCACUUAGGUAGUAGCAGCACCGUCCUUUUCCGCUUGGUGGAAGGCGCUAUUUCGCUGUCUCCUUCGGCAGUCCACGCGCCUCUUUCUGGAAGGGGCUUCCGGGGGCUUUGCGCUGCCGCGGAUAGCGACCAGCAUGGGAGCAGCACGAUGAGCACCAACGGCGAGGGCGAGGACGACGAGGUUGUGUUUGCUGGCCAGCUCGAAAGCUUCCUCCAGCUAGCGGAGAAUGAAAUAGCAACUAAAGAGCUGACUGGCUGGGGUAUGGAGGCAGAGGGGUCGGCUGCAGCGGUCAAACUCAGAAGUCGCCGCGUUCUCUUGGCGGGAGCUCUAGUGCCCAUGGCGCUUGACGAUACGCUGGUCUUGGAGCACAAGGUGACCCUGCGGAGGGGUGCGUACCAGCGCGCGAGCAGCACCAAGAAGCUCGAUGCCUGCGAGACAGGAGGCUUGGAAGCGACGAUGGCAGCUUCGACGGAUGCUGCAGCAGACGUCGAGAGGCUGCGAGACGUCCUGCACAUGCACGCAUAUGAAGGCCGUCUCCGUGUUAUCCUUCCUGAUGACCUCAAGCCGGCCUUUACGCCCUUACGCGCGCCGCGGGAUACGUGUGACUGGGCAGCUCAGUUGGACGGCAGCGCAGUGGUGCAGUCAGAUGCUAAGCUGCAAGAGUUUGUUCCGCAGCUGCGGCAGCGCUUCCAGACCCUCGGCGAGGUUCUCUCCUCCUUGAAGGAGCAAAUGGGGGGCUUGGAGGCAUUUGCUUCGGGGCACAAAGUCUUCGGCUUUCAGCGCAUUAAAUCUGGCGGACUGUGCGGGUGGGAGUAUCGGGAGUGGCUGCCGAACGCGAAGGCGGUGUAUCUCUUUGGGGACUUUAACGGUUGGAAAAGGACGUCACACCCCCUAAAUCGGGAAAGGCGUGCUGUGGCGCCUCACUUCUUUGAGGCCUCUUUCGGAGCUUUGAAGGGCGCGAAAGACGCGCAACCUCAAUCGGAAACUAGCGACGAGCUCAGCUCUGUCUGGUCUAUCUUCCUUCCUGACAAUCCGGAUGGCACGCCAGCUCUCUUCCAUCGCUGCCGGAUGCGAGUCUUGGUAGUGCCCUACGAAGGCGAGCCAAUCGACCGAGUGCCUGCGUGGGCUCCAGUUGUUUGGCGCAGCGAGGACUCUGGACUAUUUAACGCUGUACUAUGGAACCCUCCGGAGGACGAACGUCACGUCUUUCGGCAUUCGAGGCCUAGCUUUGCACCGGGAGUCUCCCCGUCGGUAUAUGAGGCCCAUAUCGGCAGUUCUUCCGGCGAAGAGGGCCGAAUCGGUUCCUUUGUCGAGUUUACGACAUCUGUCCUGCCGCGCAUAAAGAGCCUCGGAUAUAACACCCUCCUGCUACUGGACAUUGUGGAGCAUGCAGACUUUGCAAGUUUUGGCAUCUAUGUGACAAAUCACUUUGCAGUGAGCAGCCGACUCGGAACUGUGGAGGAGUUUAAAGCUCUCGUAGACAGGGCGCAUGCACUGGGGUUGCGAGUCCUCAUUAGUCUCUGCCACGCGUACUCAUCUAAGAACGUCAUGGAUGGUCUCGGAUGCAUGGACGGCGGAGACAACAACUAUUUCAUCAGUGGGCCUUCAGGAGUCGUUGAGAAUGCGAGAGUCUUCGAUUUCUCAAAGACUGAAGUGACCCGUUUUCUCCUCUCGAAUAUCUCCUAUUGGCUCACCGAGUUCCUACUUGACGGUUUCCGCAUGGAGGGAGUUACGUGGAUGCUGUACGAGCAGCGCAGUGCCCUGCGGCAGCCGGACCCGUACGAUUAUUCCACCUACUUUACCAAGGAUUUAUGUGCUGCUGGCGUGCUGUAUCUGUCGCUUGCGAACUCGUUGCUAUCUGCGCUCCUGCCCCCCGAACGUCGGCUCUCUAUCGCUCAAGAGUGCACGGGGUAUCCUACCCUCUGUAGGCCACUAUCGCAGGGCGGUCUAGGGUUCGAUUUCCGCCUUGAUAGUUCGUGGAGUCAAAGUAUCCGCCGCCUCAUCAGGCAGUCCGGCCACCGACAGGGCCGUUGGAUGACAGCGCCCUUUGUCUGGGCAAUAGCGAGCAAGCCCAACACGGAAAAACUCCUUGUAUCCGUCGACGAUGCCGACACCACGCGCGUCUGCAGGAGACGACUGCGCAUAGCUUUGUUCGCCUGGGAGUCUUUGCAUACGCACGCAGUCGGCGGGGUAGCGCCGCAUGUGACGGAGUUAGCGGCGGCCCUUUCCAGGCAGGGUCAUGACGUGCAUGUUUUUGUGCGCGCGACGGAGUUGUGCGGUGGCUGCUCUGUGCACUACGGGGUGGCCUACCACGAGUGCACGUUUGACCUCAACAGAGACUUCGUCAUAGAGAUACAAAACAUGUGCGAAAGCUUCAUUGCUUGCAUGCAAAGUGUCGAGGAGUCUAUGGGAGCCGAGUUUCAGAUCUGCCACGCGCACGACUGGUUGGCCGGCAAGGCCCUCGUCAAGGCGAAGCAAAUGGGGAGGACUUCCAUUCUUACGAUGCACUCCACGGAGUUCGGGCGCUGUGGUAACAACAACUACGGUGGCGUUUCCAAGCGGAUAAGAGAUAUCGAAGCGGAGGCAUGCCAUAUGGCGGACCGUGUGAUAUGCGUGAGUGGCGUACUGGCUGAGGAGGUGCGGGCGCAGUAUGGCGUGCAUCCAGCCAAAAUGACGGUUGUCUACAACGGCAUCAACUGCAACAAGUUUGACGGCGAGGUGGACUCGGGGGCUGUCAAGCAUAUGUACGGUGUAGGGGUCCUAGACCCCAUGUUCCUCUUCGUUGGUCGCAUGGUGGUGCAGAAGGGUCCUGAUCUUCUCUUGGAGGCGGUUCCCUUUAUCCACAAAUUUAGGGGAGAUGCCAAAUUCGUCUUCGUGGGUGACGGACACAUGUUGGACAGCCUCAAGGGGCGCGCUGCCCAGCUCGGAGUAACGCAUGCAGUACGCUUUGUCGGUAAGAUGGGCGGCGGAGCGUUGCAUGCGCUCUUCAAGUCGUGCGACGCGGUGGUUGUUCCCUCACGGAACGAGCCCUUCGGCAUCGUGGUGCUGGAGGCUUGGAGUGCGGCAAAGCCAGUGGUCGCUACCAACAGCGGGGGCCCCCGGGAUUUCGUUAACCCGAAUAUAACUGGCAUACUCGUGGACCCCACACCCGGGAGUAUUGCGUGGGGGUGCUGUGAGAUCCUCAAGAAUUUUGAGCACGCCAGGUGGAUGGGGUCUAGGGGACGGGUGACUGCCGCCUUUAGCUUCAGCUGGGAUUCAAUCGCUCACCAAACACGGGAGAUUUACUACGAGCAACGCAACAGGCAUGAUGCUCCGCCCAACUGGACAUACAGCAGCGAGGGAGACGAGACACUCGCCUUCGCCAUUAUCGGACCUGCUAUGUUCAAGCACAUGUCAGUGGAGGAUUCCGAGCCUCGUGUGGCAAGCGGUUUGGCCCUGUGGCGUCUCUACCUCCUAUUGGGAUCGGGCCUGGCGGAUGGCUGCAUGACUUUCAUGGCUAAUGAAUUCGCCCAUCCCGACUGUCUUGACCUCCCUAGACCCGCCAACCACUUCUCUAUGGCCAAGGCAUUCAGAAGAUGGAAUCUCGCAGAGAGCGCCACACUGAAAUUCACGCAGUGCGAGCUGUUUGAUUGCUGUCUCAAUCACUGGGAAUCUGUCUUCUCUUGGCAGUCUGCGAGCCACCUCUAUGUCGUCAAAUGCGAUGAAGAGGCACAGGUGGUAGUUCUUGAGAGGGGUCCGUGCCUGUUCGCAUUCAACUUUCACCCGCAUGCCAGCUACGAAGGAUUCCAAGUGGGGUGUAUGUACAGCGAGCCCAUGCGACUUUUCCUCGAUAGUGACGAAGCCCGCUUUGGAGGCUUCGGUCGGCUGACCCCGAGAACCCAGCACCCCGCCACAGAGGCUAGGGAUAGCCGGCCCCAUUCUGUUAAGAUCUACCUGCCCUCCAGCACAUGUGCCGUGUAUGUACGCGAGUCUAUAUACGAAGAAAAGCGAGGCAUCAUCAUGGCCACCCCGAUCCUGUCGCUGAACAUGGAGGCAUACGUAGAAUACCGAAAGGAAGGCGGUUGGCGGCACUGA